AUGCCUAUACAAAACGGACCUGAAGAAAAACCUGAGGAUGUUGUAGAAGGGGAAACGUCUCCACCGAAAGAGGGUAAGAGAGAUGAACCUCAAAGAGGUACCCCUGCAAGGAAUUCCAAUCAGGGUUCAGGUGCCAAAGCGUUGUUGCCGCCUACACAACCUCCUCCUGAUCCUCCUGCCCUUUCUCUACGUCAAGAGGUGGUGAACUCCCUUGAGAAGAAUACGCCCGCCGACAAGGGUGAAGGCAACUUCAAUGGUGGACCUUUGAUGAGGGAGAUUGCAACUCCCCCUGAACAACAAGCAGGAGAUGAUGCAAACCAAGUGCAAGGGCAAUCCAUGGCACCCCCGUUGUUCACCGAGGAGCAGCUGAGAAACUUUGCUGCACUGCAGGGACAAGCCGCAUGGAUGUAUGGGCCCCAACAGUCGUUUUUCAAUCCAAUUGGUUUUUCACGUCCUUCAUUUUUGGAUGGAGAUGCAGCCAGAGCUUCAGUGAGUCAACAUGAAAGAGACAUGGAGUUUCUGAGAAUGCAAGCAGUGAGAGACCGAGAGGAGAAAGACGAAUGUAGAAGGCAGAUUCAACUGUUGGUAGAAGAGAACCGUCAGUUGAGAGCCAGAUUUGAAAGUGCUAGCAAGAUGCAGACUGAGGAUGAACCUAGGUUUGCGACUCCUGAGGAACAGCCGGAUCAGACCAGCCCAGGUUUCGACAUGAAUGUGGAUUGGUUGAAGCGGCGAAAGGAGGCUGACAGACCCCCAUCAAAGGAGGCUGACAGACCCCCAUCAAAGGAGGCCGACAGACCCCCAUCAAAGGAGGCUGCCAGACCCCCAUUCCUACCUGAGGCUGCAGAGUUCAAAACCCCCAAGGAGGCUGCCAGACCCCCAAAGGUGGAAGCAUCACAGCGUCCCCAAGAAGAAGGAAGCCGAGGUGCACCUGGUGGAGGGAAUGCGCAGUUCACUGAGAAAUCUUUGGAGUUCAUGGUGAUUAUGAUGGAAACUAUGAAGGACCUACACAAGAAGGUCAACGAGACAAAGGAUGAGACUGGCAUGGUUCGAGGAGUUGAGAUUGUGAGGUCCGGCACUCCUGACCUGCCGGUGUUGACCCCCUGGUCACCAAGCCAGGGUCCCCUCCAGUUGGGAGAUUGGCUUCUGACUGUGGAGCCGAUCAUAGCUGAUUUGUCAGCAACUUCAGAAGUGUGGUGGUCGCUGAUGGUGAAGUCUGCAGAGCAGUGGUACCAGAAGCACAUGAUGAUGCCCCCACUAGAUCGAGUUCAACAUGAAGUUCAACCGCCCCCAGAGGUCACCUUGGAAAAAUGGUCCAGGUUGGAAAGAAGAACGGCAUCGAUGCUGCUUCAAUCUGUGCCGGAGGUGGUCAAGGAGGAGUUGGUUUCAGCUCGACGGCUGAGCGUUUUUGGGAUUUUGACGCAACUGCUGUUGACGUAUUGCCCAGGUGGUGUCUUGGAGAAGCAGACAUUGCUGAGAAGUUUGGAGGAGCCAACAGAGGUCACCACGGUGGGCGAGGCUCCUGCUGCAAUACGUCGGUGGCUACGUUGGAAGCUGCGGUCCCAGGAGAUCGGUGCAGUGACCCCAGACCCGGCACUGUUGUUGAAAGGUCUGAACAAGUUAACACGCCGAGUCCUGGAGUCCAACAAAGAACUACAAUUCAGGGUCAGCCUGGCCCGAAAUUCCCUUGGUGUGGAUACGAGGCCGACCGACACCACAGUCAGCCAGUUUGCCACGCACCUUUUGGCUGAGAUCGAACAAGUUGCUCUUUCCGAAAAGAGGGCCACUGCUGCGAUGCCAAAGGGCGAGGUGAAGAUCAAAUACUUGGACGCAGACAAGAACAAGCCAAAGACUAAAGAGAGGUCUACAGAGGAGGACAAGCCGAAGCCAAAAUGCAGGUUUUUUCUCACGGAUGCUGGUUGCAAAAGGGGAAAGGAGUGCACGUUUAGCCAUGAUGUCAAAGAUGAUCGUCGCAGGUGUUACAACUGCGGCAGUGUGGACCACCUUUCACCAAGCUGCACCAGGUCAAAAGGCGCUUCUACCGAAACAAGCCCCAACAAGCCGAGGGUUGCCAAGGCCGAGGGGGAGGAGCGCAAUGUGACUUCACCAAUGAAGGAGUCAGAGACUGGAAGCCAAUCUAGUCAAGGGGAGGCAGUGAAGGACUUGCUGGAGGAGGCCAACCGGAUGUUGAAGUCUCUGUCGAGCUCUUCCAACACUAUUGCUUCUACAACCUCUUCGACGUCUGAAGAAGAGCGAAAAGAUGUGAUGGAGCGCCUUCAUCAGCAGCUGAAGUCGAUGAAGACGUUCAAGAUGAAGAGACUCAAUGUUGGGAACGACGUUGGACUUGUGGAUUCAGGUGCAACACAUCCACUUCGUCCUAGACAUGAAGGCGAGAAUGUGGAUUUGUACCCGGUGGUGGAGGUGGCAUUGGCAGAUGGAAGGACGGUGAGGUUGAAGAUGUCCCCUGGAGGUGCUAUGAUAUCACCUUCACCUGCCAUCGAGCCUAUCAUCCCCAUGGGCUUGUUGUCGCAGAAGCUGAACUGUGACAUUUCCUGGAAGCAAGGAUCUAUGCAGAUCCACCAUCCUCUGAGAGGAGAAAUCAAGGUGAUGAUGAAGGGAAGUUGCCCCCAUGUUGCCAGAUCUGAGGCUUUGACGUUGAUUGCGGAGCUGGAGGACAUCAAGAUGGGCAUUCCCAAUGAGAUUGGAAGUUUUGAUGCGGAAGUGGCAUGGCUGAGAAAGCUGGUGUCGCAACAUCCAGUGCUGUCUUCACUCCCAGAGCACAUCAAGGAGCGGCUGGUGGUGGAGCCUGGAACUUGGUCUGAUCUUCCAGGCAACAGACACUCAAGAAAGCGCUGGAAGAGGAGUGGCUUAGCAGUUCAUUUGUAUGCUGGGCCAGAAACAGGGUUCACUUUGCGGCAUGCCAUCAAACAGCUGGGUGGUUCUGUCGAUGCCUUGUUGGAAGUUGAUGUUCAACGAGGAGAACAACAUGACAUGCUGUCGGACCACGCAGUUUAUCGUGGUCUGUUGAGGGUGGCUUUGGAGGGAAAGAUCAAUGCGAUCGUUGGUGGGCCAAACUGCAGGACGAGAAGCUUGCUGAGGCACAUCCCCAUUCCAGGGCAGCCUAGUGCCCCGAGGCCGAUUCGCCGCUGGGGAGGUGAGGAGUUUGGUAUUCAUGAUGCAACAGAAGAGGAGAAACAGAAGCUUCAUGAAGACGAUGAGUUCAUGCCGGAGGUGGUGAGUUGGUGGGAUACAAAAGAAUGGGCAGAGCUGGCACGAGAGUUCAGCUUUGAGGAAUCAACUUUCAAGCAGGGUGAGCUUGGUGGUCUGACCCCGAAGCCAACGACGUUUGGUGGGAACUUGGAGCUCUACGACCCAAUUGCUGGAGUGCUUUCAAUCGACACAGCUGGUCCACUGAAGCCUGCUUAUGAUUUGGGUGGGCACAUGGCAAGGUAUUUUUUGGUUGGAGUUUUGACCUGGAGGGUGCCAAAGGGGAGUGACAAGAUGCAGAACCCCCCUGAAGAAGCAGCUUCUGAAGGAGCUCCGGAGAUUGAAGAAGGAGCUGAGGAUCCAGUUCCACCGGGUGAGGACGGAUUGGAAGCUGAGGAGUUGCUUCCAGCCCAGCUCCCUGGUGAAGCGCCGGCUGAAGGAGAGCCUGGCGACGCCCCUGGUGAGGACGGGUUGGAAGGUCAUGCAGAUCUUCCAGUCCAGCUCCCAGGCGAGACGUUUGGACCCCCAACUUUGGAUGAGGUCACAGAGUUGAGAAGGUUCAGAAUGGCCUUGCCAAUGGGUUCCAAAAAGGCGAGAGAUGUGGUGAACACGGUGAUGGAGUUCGUGUUGCGGCUGCGGACGGAAGGGUUCCAUGUGGGCCGCAUCCAUUCAGACCAAGGUCAUGAGUUUGCUGGCGAGUUCAAGACAUGGGCCCGACAGCGUGGGAUCUACCUCACCAAAGCACCAGGUGAUGAUCCAGCCGCAAACGGCAGAGCUGAAAUGGCGGUGAAGGACUUCAAGAACCAGAUCCGCAGAACGUUGAGGCAGGCCAGUGAAGAUGCGAAAUGGUGGCCAUGGGCUUUGAGGUACGUCAAUGAGGUGUACCGAUGUGUCCGGAUGGAGACAAGACCAAGUUGGCCAAGGUUUUUGGAAGAAGUAAGAGUCCGAAAGCGGACAUGGAGGCGGGAUGACCUGGACCCCAGAGUGGAGAAGGUUCAGUAUCUAUGCCCUUCAGUGGAAAACCAUGGUCAUUGGGUGAUCAAAGAAGGCGAAGCCCCACGCCUUACGCGCUACAUUUUGGCGCCCACCACUGAGCCGGAGGAUGAGACGGUUUGGAUUGCGGUGGAAAGAGAAGGGCGAGAUGCACAAGAACAGCGACGCCGAAUCAGAGGCAGAUCAGCAGUGAGGAGAAUGGAUGCCUCAGUUGCAGAUCCUGAGGAGGUGCUGGAAGAAAAGGAAAAGGCUGAAGUUCAAAGAUUGAUGAAGGUGGUGGAGGAUGAGAUGCAGUCCAUCAUCAACGACGACCCAGAUCUGGCCGCCGAGGAAGUCAGAAUUUUGGGAAGGCUGAGAAAAAUGGCUGAAGUGAAGGAGGAUGGAGAUGAGAUCCUUCAAACAAAGGUCAUCUCACCAAAGGAGGUGGUCAGAAACUGGUCGGAGUGGAUCCCAUCAGUGAGAAGCGAGGUGGAGUCCCUGACCAUUGAGAAGGCAGCCUUGAAGGAGCUGUCAAAGGAUGAAGUCAAAGCGUUGAAGAAGAAGGCAGAAAAGGAGGGUAAGAAGUUGGAGAUCAUACCUUCCAAACUGGUGUUCACUGUGAAACCUUCCCCAGACCACAAAGAAGGGAAAAAGAAAACCCGGUGGGUUGUUUGCGGAAACUAUGAGGAGAAGAAAGAGGGGGAGGAAAACUACUCAGGUGGUGCAGAUGCCACAUCUUUGAGGUUGUUGGCAUGGAUUGCAUCCCGCAUGAAGUGGGCCGGAUGCAUCCUGGAUGUCAGAACUGCUUUCCUCAACGCGCAGAUGGAACAGGAGCCGGAUGAGGACCUUCUUUUGGUCCAGCCACCCCACAUCUUGAAGGAGAUGAAGUUUCUGGACCCGGAUACACUGUACCUGCCAUUGAAGGCAGUGUACGGCUUCAGGCGCUCACCAAAGCUUUGGGGUCUUCAUCGAGACAAAACGAUCAAGACCUUUGACAUCAAGGUGGUCAUUGAUGGCCGCUGCGAAAGCCUGGAGCUGAAGCCGAUGGAGUCAGAGCAGAACCUAUGGAAGGUGGUUGUGGUCAGAGGAGGCUUCCAAGAGGCAGAAGAAGAAUGGAUCUCAAACGGCCGAGUCAUUGGCCUUGUGAUGACGUAUGUCGACGACAUUUUUAUCGUCGCCGAGAAGCAGGUGGCGAAGUCAGUUGCUCAGAAGUUUCAAGAGACCUGGGCGACCACACAACCGGAGUGGGUUGGCGAGACACCAGUGAGGUUUUUGGGCCUGGAGGUGACUUGCCACCAAAUCGAGGGGGAGGAGAAGGUCCAAUGGUGUCUUUCACAAGAGGCAUACAUCAAAGACUUGCUUGGGCGCUAUGAGGAGGAGGGAAAACCACGAAAGCUCCCUAUCACCCGUGACCAAGCUUCGAUGCCUCCAGAUGUGAUUCCCCCUUCGCCAGAAGGAGUCAAGUUUUCCCAGAAGGUCAUCGGUGAGUUGCUUUGGCUGGUGACCCGAAGCAGACCAGAUUUGAUGUUUGGAGUUUCCAGGAUGGGGGCCAACGUUUUGAAGGCCGCCAACUGCAUCAAGGACACAGCAGCACAAAUGAGGUCCUAUCUCAGGAGAACUGCAGGUGAGGGCCUACAGUACAAGCAGAAGAUCGAUGACCCGAUCACGCUGUAUGUCUACUCAGACUCCAGCUUUGCACCCGAAGCAGAUGAGUCCCAUGGAUCGUUUGUGGUUAUGGUGAACGAUGGGUUGAUGUUUUGGAGAAGCGGCAGGCAGGGCACAAUCACCUUGAGCACGGCCGAGUCAGAGUUGAUGGAGCUCGUUGAGGCGAUGAUUGCCGGCGAGUCAGUUUACGUCGUGCUGGCAGAGCUGUUUGGUGAAAUCUCAAAGGUGGCAUUGUGCGAUUCGCAAGCUGCACUGGCCAUUUUGGUUGCUGAGGGCGGAAGCUGGAGGACAAGACACCUCAGGCUGAGGUGGGCGUUUGCUCGCCAAUCUGUGCUGCGUGGUGACUGGCAGGUGGGUCAUGUCCCUGGUGAGAAGAUGUUGGCGGACCUGGGCACAAAAGUUCUGACCUCAUCGAGGAUGGAAACUUUGAAGCAGAUGAUGGGCAUGGGAGUUGCUCAGCCCGAAGAAAAAGGUGUUGAAAUGGAGAAGGAUGAGAAAAAAGAAAAGGAGAUCAAGACCGACUCAAAAUCGGUCGCCACCAUGGCCGUCAAGCUCAUCACGAUGGCGGCCUUGUUGUCAGUGUCAAAGGCUCAAGGAGAUGAAGAAGACGAUGAACCAGCAGGUGACUUCCACAACUUUAUGGUCAUCUACACGGUGCUGAUCAUUCUGACCACGCUGAUGGUCCAAAUCCUGUGGAAGGUAGGAGUAGGCGCAUUGGGCGAAAACUGGAAAAGAAGGUUUUUUACCCGUGGCCGAAGUCUCCCCAUGGGUGAGGAAACGUCAGUGGCAGAGGGUCGAGCAUGUGCUGAGGUGUGCGGACCCGUGGAAAGACCACGGCAUCUGCCCUCGGCUGCUGGGUCGUCAAACCAGCCAAGCCCCGCUGAGGACGGGUUGGGGAUGGAGGAGGGAUCCCCAGUCCAGCUCGCGGUGGCUGAGCAGCGACGCGCCGGUGAGGGCGGGUUGGGGCAGAGGGCCUCAGUCCAGCUCCCAGCUUCGGCUGGUGAGGGCGGGUUGGAGGGUCAUGCUGAUCCUCCAGUCCAGCUCCCGGCUGCGCCUGCGAAAGCUCCCCCGCUAAAGGAGGGACCAAAGGCCCCGUCAAAAGCGGGCCAAACACCAAAGGCCCCAUCAAAAGCGGGCCCAAAACCAAAGGCCGCACCACAAAGUGGCCCAUCAGCUUCCAGCUCAUCAAGUGGAAGCACAUCAAGCAGUAUGACAGGCCGAAUUGAGACGGCGAUUUAUGAAGAGGCAGCCCUGUGGAACCAUUUUGGGAGGCAGGGCGACUUUCCAGGAGUGCCAGAAGAUCAUAGCAGAGCAGAACUUGGAUUUCAGGUGUUGAGGACGCCAUGUGGAACAGUGUAUCACGAUACACGUGGAUGCACCCAGCUUCAAGGACCACGAACUGGCUAUGCGAGACCGUUCACAUGGUGUGCCUUGUGCCGAGAGGUUGCGAUGCGCACCCGUGGAAGACGAAUCCCUGGAAGUCCGCUGCUUUUACGAAUGGGCGAUCAGACCGUCCAUACUGAUCGAAGAUGCCCGAGAGCACGAGAUGCUACGGAGCUGAGAGGAUGCAUGUACUGUACAGAGUACAAUGGGUAG